UUUUGUCAGAUGCGCAAGUUCAUCAUCAGCAUCCUCAAAUCUUCUGCAGCUGAAUCAGCGAGGUCUCUGUGAAAGUGUCUUUCCUGAUACAAGAUUACCUGAUCUUGUAAACUUGCUUUCGAGUUCUCAGUCUGUUUACUGUGGGUUCGAUCCCACUGCAGACAGCCUACAUAUUGGCAAUUUGUUAUCUAUAAUGGUUCUGUUGCAUGGCCAGAGAGCUGGCCAUCACCCCAUAGCUGUGAUAGGAGGGGCUACAGCUUUGAUUGGUGACCCAAGUGGCAAAACAGAAGACCGUGUUGCCCUGAGAGCUGAAGAUGUGGAGAACAAUGUUCUAGCCAUCAUGGAGAAUAUUCAGAGAGUGGUCUCAAAUCACAGAGAAUUACUGGAGGAAGGAGACAGAAAGUUGCCAGAAUUUAGAAUACUCAACAACAGUGAAUGGUACAAGAACAAAAAUAUCAUAUCCUUUCUAGCGACGAUUGGUAGACACUUUAGAGUUGGGGACAUGAUGGCUCGCCACAGUGUGAAAAGUCGGCUAAACAGUAAAGAAGGCAUCAGCUGCACAGAAUUUCUGUAUCAAAUUUUUCAGGCCUAUGAUUGGUUACAUCUGUUUGAAAAGUACAACUGCACGUUACAGGUGGGAGGCAAUGAUCAGACAGGAAACAUUUCAUCAGGGUUUGACCUGAUACGGAAAGUCCAUAAAAAGUAUGUUUUUGGCUUGAUGGUUCCAUUGAUGUUAUCCUCUGGUGGGGAGAAGUUGGGGAAAUCUGCAGGUAAUUCCCUGUGGCUUAAUCCAACCAAAACAUCACCUUAUGAGCUGUACCAGCAUUUCUUCAAUAUAAAAGACAAUGAAGUGGAGCCAUACCUGAAGCUGUUCACAUUUCUGUCUUUGGAUGAAAUUGCAGCAAUAAUGCAAGAACAGAAUAAACAUCCAGACGAGAGACCAGGACAAAAGAAACUCGCGGAACAGAUCACACUUUUGGUUCAUGGAAAAGCGGGUUUAGAUUCAGCUCAGAGAUGCACGGAUGUUCUCUUUGGAAACUCAGUGUCAGCACUGACUGCCAUGGGAUUGCCUGAGCUGCUGCAGCUGUUGAAGGAUGCACCAACAACUGAGGUUGUCUAUGAAUCCGAACUGACAGUCUGUGAAAUGUGCCUCAGGAUAAAGUGUUUCAAAGAAGAAUUAACAGCCAAGAAGAUUAUCAAAGAGGGUGGUCUGUACAUCAAUCAGCAGAGAGUGACACAACAAGAUCAUACAAUGAGAGAUGGAGAGUAUAUCUUGCCCAGCAACAUCACAUUGGUGAGAGUGGGAAAGAAAAAUUACCACAUUGUCAAGUGGUCCAGGUGA